GGCAUAUUACAUGCACACAGACGUUUCUUUAGGUCACACAAGGUUCAGUGGAUAGUUGUUUCCUGGGUCACACGAGGUGUAGCGGGCAAUUAUGAGUUUCCCGUUUUAUCUCAAGGUCCCUGUCCUCCCUAGAAACUCCCUGUUCUCUAUUGAUAUCUGCUCGUUCUCACAACACCUUAUUGGCAUCAUAUCAGACAACUACUCUGACGAAUAUCCUGUUUCUAUAUCACGUACACAUAUUGCUGAAGACAUGUUUAUAUACGCCUUGUUUCUCUCUGCUCAGUGUUGUUCACUUUGCAGACUCUUCGACUCUGUAAACUGUGCUCCUCUGGUUGCAACUCAGAUUAAAUCAACUUGCUUGUAUUCAUCCGACUCAGUUCUCGUGCUUCAUCUCACUCACAAAAGUUCCCAUAACAAUUUGGUGUCAGAAGUGGGAUCGUCUGAGAGUCCGUUGGGAUCAAAAGGACGCCGGCAGUGCACACCUGGAAUCCAGGAGAUCUUCCUCUACCUCCAACCAAGUAUUCAGAGAGAGGGGACCGGCGAUCCAAUUGAUUGACUGACUGGCUCCACGACGAUCCAAGAUAAAGCUAACGUCCGAUUGAGACGGUGAGAUGUUGACUUUCCAAAUUCCAAAUUUACCAAUGAUUCAUGAAUAAUGAUAAUGAUUCUGUAAUCAAUAGAGAUAACUUCUUUUUUUAUGUAUUUUCUGAGUCUGUGGAUACUUGCAUUACUGCUGGUCAUCAUUUUCCAUUGUUUACUUCCUUUUUGUUUUGGAACUUGACACGGAACUGUCAUGUUGUAGGUUUUGAUUGAAGGGGUUUAUGCCCUUGAAAUUGAAACUGAGUUUGUAGGUAUAGGUUUUUAUAACCUGAUACUGAGUUUGUAGGUAUAGGUUUUUAUAACCUGAUACUGAGUUUGUAGGUAUAGGUUUUCAUAACCUGAUACUGAGAUUGUAGGUACAGAUUUUUAUAAUCUGAUACUGAGUUGUAGGUACAGAUCUUUAUGGUCUGAUACUGAAGUAGGUGAGAACUUUCCACUCUCACUGAGGUAGGUGAGAACGUUCCAUUCUCACUGAAGUUAGGUGUGGGUUAUAGGCGUCAAAGACCUACACCUAGGAUUAUUUACUAGAAGUCAGGGACUUACCGGUAGACAGGGUCUAUACGAGGUAAAUAAUCAAAAGAGUCAGGGACUCUUGGUAAAAAGGAAACAUGGGUACCCAAGGAAGUAAACAAGCGAAAAAUGAUCCGGACAGUCCAAUUAUUCUGGCCAUGAAACAAAAAUAUGGGGAUCAAAGUGUUGAAUGUUUGAAUUACUGGGUGACAAAUCAUGGAUUCCCAGAAGGGGGAUCGUUGAGCAAAAAUCAACUGAAAAAAAUUACGUGAAAGUCUUGAGAAAGAAAGACAGACAAUUAUGAGCAAAAAGAGAGUGAAAAGUGAUAAAAUGAGAGAGAUUGAAAAAAAUGAAGGAUGUCUGAAAAAGUGGGAAGAUGAAUGUGAAACGAGAGAAAGGAGACAAGUGUGCAAAAUGAUAACAUGUAUGAAAGUCGAUAAGAAAGACAAAGAAAGUGAUUUUGAACCUAAGAGUAAAAAGAAUUCUCUCUAUCCUAAACUGACAGGGUGCGGUCAGAGCUCUCUGGUUGAUGACGCUUCCUGGUCCCUCCCUCGAAGACAACCCCCUCCCAAGGCAAUGGCUCCGCCUUCGGUUCCUCCUCCAUACAACGCCUCAUCUGCCAUGUCAUCACCGAUGUCAUCCACAUCCUCUUUUAUGAACACUCCCUCACCAGGCUCCAGUGUCCUCACUUCCUCCUCCCUCUCCCCUCCAAUUGCAGCACGCACCAGACAACAAUCAGAUUCAGCUUUUACGAUGCCAAUGGUGCAAGUUAUGGGUCCGGAUGGAAAUCCAGGUUUUGUCUACCGCCCAUGGACAACUCAGGACCUGAUUGAUGCAGCAUCACACCUCCCAAAGCCUGCACAAGGUGGCGCCGCCAUGGCACGAGCCUAUGUUCAGUUCAUCAAAGACUUCACACCAACCUCAGGCGAAAUCCAGAGAGUCAUGAUGAAAUACAUGAAACCAUCUGAUUUCUCCAAGGUGAAAGACAUUUUCCAAAGAGAUGGCGACUACAGACCCCAAGCGGUGAAUUGGGACACUAAUGACAUGCUGACCAUGCAUACAAAUGCCUGCAGGACAAGAAAGACGCUGAAAAAAAAAAAAAAAGAAAAGAAAAGACACUGAACACAGAGCUAUGUUAACUAUGCUCUCCCUGAACAAGUUGCAGUACCAUCAACUCAACCACUUCCAGUUCAGCAUUACGGUGUUUCACAACGAGGAGGAAGAGGCAUGCAGAGAGGACGCAGGCCAUGGCAAGGAGAGAGAUCAGGUCCAAGAAUGGGACCGCCACCAGGCUACGAUGUGUGCUUCCUGUGUGGCAAUAAAGGACAUUGGGCAAAGGAUUGCACACAAUUCCGAGGCCGAGGCAGAGGAAGAGGUGCUCCACCUAGAGGCAGAAAUGACCGUUGGCAACAAUCAUCUGACUGAUCUGAGAGACGAGGGAGGGGAGGACCGGAUGCGUGCGUCACCCAGACAGCCUACCCUGAACCUUCAGAAAAGGGGAGUGAGAAUGACACACACACAUACACCACUCACACGCUUACAUCGCAGCAACAACACCAACUACUCACAGAGACUAUUGAAGUUUUACAGAGAAAAUCUGACUUUAAACCUAUAGGAACAUACACCAUGUAUGAUGACUCAAUGGUGCAGAAACUGCCCACUAUGAUUUUGAAUGUUGCAGGAAAAGAUGUUACAUUUAUGGUUGACUCGGGUGCAACACGCACAGUGUUAAAAUACUCUGAAAUACCUAAGGCCAAACUCAGUGGCAAUUUCAUGUAUUCCAUUGGUGCAUGUGGAACAACAGUCAAAGAAAACUAUACAUCUCCAACUACGUGUUCUCAUCCUGAACCAUUUACUAAAGUAAAGCACUCAUUUUUGCUUUCCCACGUCUGUCCUUUCAACUUGUUAGGACGAGACCUGAUGAUGGCUUUUGGCAUCGACUUAUUUCGACACCAGAAGGAGUUAAAGUUGUGAGACGAACAACUCCACCCAAUCCUGAAGCCUAUAUAAUGGCUAAGUAUCAACCUGAUUUAAUCUCCUCACUGCUCUACAUAUACCAAUGGAAAGUUGAGAGUGUUUUGGCUCUAUCUCUGACUGAACGUGCACAUGCACUGGUUAGCCCAACUGCAGUUUUCAUGCAGCCUGAGGCACUCCAUUGCACGUCACACGUGACAACUGACCUUGACAGAGACUAUGAAACUGAAUGGUGGACUGACAUCAACGAUACUCUACUGACUGACUCUCUCUACUGGACAGACCUACGAUGUGCACUUUCUGUCAGCUUAACAGCUGAACAACAACAAUUUUUUCUGAUUAACGAUUCACAUCCACAUAUUUCGCUUUCCAAAGGACAAACUGAUCAAUGGAGAUAUUUAGGUCCAUGGACAAAAUCAUGCAUUGAGCUCAAAGAUUGGCAAUCUACACCCGACCCACAUGUGUCAUACUCGCCAAAGGGGGGUGUUUUCAAAACUGCAUGCAAAUUAACCGUGGCUGCUCUGAAAUCUGUCUACUUGCUAGACCACAAUCUUGAUAAAACCGAACACAUACACCAAAUGCUCUCCGCAGAACAGAUCCAUCCAGCCCUUGCACGAGUCCCACCCAAAUUGUGGGCACAAGGCAAAUAUGAUGUAGGUCUCAUAAAAAAUUGUGAACCUGUAAUAGUCAAUCCUAAGUCUGACUACAGGCCAAAACGAGUUCAGUACCCUCUGCGUCCGGAAGCCGUCGAAGGCAUUAAACCUGUUUUUAAAUCCUUAUUGGAAGCUGGUGUUAUUAUCCCAUGUGAUAACUCACCUGUCUGCACUCCUAUUUUUCCAGUUCAAAAAGCUAGAGAACCACCAACCCUACCCGAGUGGCGAUUUGUUCAAGACUUAAAAGCAGUUAAUGCAGCUGUUCAUGCCAGAACACCAAGUGUUCCUAACCCGUACACUUUGCUUUCACAAGUCCCAUCUUCUGCUAAGUGGUUUUCAGUUGUUGAUCUAUCAAAUGCAUUUUUCAGUGUUCCUGUUCACAAGGAUUCUCAGUACUGGUUUGCAUUCCAGUUCAACGGGAAAGGUUAUACUUUCACCCGUUUAUGUCAGGGUUUCACUGAAUCACCAACAAUCUACAAUCGGGCUUUAUGCGAAUCAUUGUCGCCUCUAGUGCUCUCUGAUGGCACUGUGUUACUACAACAUGUAGACGAUCUUCUGAUCUGCGCUCCAACUGAAAAACAAUGCAUAACUGACACUAUCAAACUGCUCAAACAUCUGGCAGAAGAAGGUCACAAAGCCAGCUUAAACAAGCUACAAUUUGUCAAACAAGCUGUGACCUUCCUGGGUCACAUAAUUUCUGGUGAAGGCAAAACCAUGUCUCCAAAACAUAUUGAAGCUAUCCAAAAGAUUCCAAAACCAAUUACCCAACAACAAAUGCUAUCUUUCCUGGGGAUGUGUUCCUACUGUCGCGCUUUUGUCCCUAAUUUUUCUGAGGUUGAAAGACCCCUCAGGACCUUGUGUCACCAAUCAGGCAUGACCUCUCGCUCACAACUUGAGUGGACACCGGAAGCAGAAACUGCAUUCCUAAACUUGAAACUUCAACUUCAGUCUCCUCCUACACUUGGACUUCCUGACCCAACCAAACCAUUCACUCAGACCGUGGAUGAACGUUCGGGUUGCAUGACUUCUGUCCUCCUACAACCUCAUGGUGACAGGCUUCGUCCUGUGGCAUAUUGCUUGGGUAAACUCGAUCCUGUAGCAGCAGACAUGCCAAAAUGUCUCAGAGCUGUAGCAGCUGCUGAAAAAGCCCUUUUGGCCUCAAGAGAUAUAGUUGGCUACGCUCCUUUGACUCUCCUUGUGCCACAUGCGGUCUCUUUGAUCCUUUCUGAGCAGAAAACAUCACACCUUUCGGCUGCUAGACACCUUAGGUAUCAUACGUGUCUUCUUGACAUGCCUAAUGUCACUCUUAAGAGGUGUACUGUUCUAAACCCUGCUACUCUGCUCCCUCUUCCACAGGAUGGUGAGCCUCAUGAUUGCAUGGCUGAACUUUCAGCAUCUUGUUCUCCAAGACCUGAUCUGACAGAAACGCCCUUGACAAAUCCUGACCUUGUCCUCUAUGUAGAUGGCUCUGCUUCAAGAGACCCAGCUACAGGUCUCUGCCGUGUUGGUUUUGCUGUUUGUUCUGACUAUGACGUGAUGAUGUCAUCAUCUCUUCCACCUCACUUCUCAGCUCAAGCUGCAGAACUUGUGGCCUUAACAACUGCCUGCCAAUUAGCUAAGGGUAGAUCUGUAAAUAUCUACACUGAUUCCAGAUAUGCUUUUGGUGUUGUUCAUGACUUUGGUGCACUUUGGAAACAUAGAGGUUUUCUGAAAUAUGAUGGCAAGCCCGUUUUGCAUCACACACUCAUUGCAGAUCUCUUAGAUGCCAUCCUUCUUCCUUCUGCCAUUUCUGUGUGUAAAUGUGCUGCUCACACUAAUGCCUCUGACCCAAUUUCUACAGGUAACGCUCGAGCGGAUGCAGCUGCGAAGGCAGCCCUCUCUUCUCCCUUUGUUUGA